AGAGCAACCAUGGAUUGCGGAGGCGGGGCUGCCGUGUGAGGGAACCCAGCCUAACGGCCUGGAGGCAUCCAGGGCUGAGUUUCAACUUGAGCGCAUGGACUUGCACCCACAGCGGCGACACGGUGACUCCGCGUCCAGUCUUUCAUGUCGGUGCCGAUUGCACAAGAUUUACGACAGCACAGCACGGCAUAGUACAGACAGCCUGCAACCUGUGCGUGCCGGGCUGGCUGCCUCUCGAUUCCGCAUCCAUGGAGAUGCGCUAGUUUGAUUGCGACAUCGAUUGGACCCCAGCUCCUCAUCCCUCAUCCUCAGGGGCUUGCGUCUUUCCAGCCAUGGCCUAGCAGCCAGCCCAUGGGCGUUGGACUGGGCGGACAGGGUCGGCCAGAUCAAGCAGUUCCAACAUGGUCGCACCGUUUCAGCCCAGCAGAUUGUCAUUGUUGGGUGACGCUGGCACGGCUGGCGUGUCCCUCACAGGGCCCCCCAGGCCGACCACACAGGUCGGGGUCGCAUUGUGGUCGGCCGGUGAAGCGACCCUCCCCAAAACCAGGCUUGCGAUCUGCUGCACAAUGCAUGCAACUCCCUGCUGCCACCUUAUCGUUCAUUCCACUUCAUCCGCCUGCCCUCGCUUGCCCACGCCCUCCCCUCACUCCUUGCCCGCUCGUAUCCCACUGGCCGGCUCGGUUGAUUUCCCCUCCCCUGCGAGACUAGGGCUGGUGGGUAUUUAAAUCGCCAUCCCUACCUCAUUCCGCACUUUGUGCUCACACCUUUCGCUCACACCUCUCCUCUGCUUUCAAUCCCAAGUUCUGGCGUAGAUCCAGCUGACCCAGCUCCCCACGAUUUCCUGCACUGGGCACUGCAGCAGAGCAAGACACGCCGAUAUUCAAGAUGCCCGGAAUCCCUCUCCAUGCCUUGGACCUUCUGAAGGCGAAGCUCAAGGCCGCCUUCAAGGACAGAGGCAAGAAGUCCAGCAAGCCUGCUGCGUCCACCACGACCCCCGCAGCCACAACUACCGCAGCCAGCGCCGCCGCCGUUGCAACAGCGGCUCCCGUGAUUGCGGCCCCCGCCGCCACUGACGGCACCACCCCUGCUGCUGCCGCCCCCGCUCCUGUCUCUGAGACCCCUGCCGCCGCGACUGCCGCACCAGCGAAGCCUGCCGAGGACGUAAAGCCUGCGAAGCCUGCUACCCCCGCUGCCGCUGCUGCUGCUGCUGCUGCUCCCGCGGCCACCCCCGUCGCUGUGGUCGAGGCGGCGAAGCCCGCUGAGGCUGCUCCUGCACCCACUCCGGCCCUAGAGGCUGUCGUAGCUACUAAGCCGGCCAAGGAGGAGACCACGGCAGAGGCUCCCGCACCCGAGCCCGCUACUGCCGCCGCUGCAGAGGCUGCAGCCCCCGAGCCCGCUGCUACCACCCCUGCCGAAUCUGCCACUCCCGCCGCACCCGCACCCGCUGCAGCUCCUGCUGCCGCCGCCGCCGAGCCUGUCGAGCCUGCGAAAGAGGAGAAGAAGGAGGAGGUCGCGGCCCCCGCUGCUGCCCCGGCCACUCAGGCUGCUGCCGCACCCACCCCGGCGGCUUGAAUUUUGAAUUUCGGCGUUUGAUACCAAUGGAAUGCAUGUUUGUUUAGGGUCGCGUUGAUUUUGCACGUGCAAACGAAGGUUUAUCGGCCUCAAUUUACUUCUACCGUGGUCGCCCUUUUGAAACAAACUCGACCCCAGGCUUGACUAAGAUGAGAGCGCCCUCUCGCGGCCUACACUGUGAUUUCUUCAGAAACGGCGUUUUUGGCUGUGGAUCCUCUCAUCAGAGACCGACCACGCCUCAAUCUGUACCUACAGUAACUGCGACUUAAUUUUCCCACAUUAAUUUUAAUCUCGCCCUGCC